AUGUCUUCAAAUCGUACCAGUGAUGACGAAUCACUGCCCCCGGAAACCCCGCUGUUGUAUCCCAAGUUCGAUUUCGAUGCACUGCCUUAUCCUUCAGAUAACUGGGAGUUUCUGGGAGAGACGGUGCUGUAUGUCAUACGCAACCGCAGGUUCCAGAAACUGCGUAUGGAGGAACUACUCAGUCAUCACUCUUGGGGCAUGGAUCUAGGUCUAGCGAGACGUGUGACCAAUGACAAGCUAGCCAGGACCAUUUGGAAGCUGUUUUAUUAUAUGGCGCCUAUGCAUCGGCCUAAGUCGUACGAGGAACUGUUUGAUUAUAGAAGAGACGCUGGUCCUCGACUGUUGAAAUGCUCGCUCGAAAACCCAACCCCUCUCCCGAUCAGCAGGUACUACCCUCACCUGCCCUCGAGUAACCAAACCGUGGGACCACACUAUAGGAGGCCUAAGGAUGCUGCACGUUCCCAACCAGAUGCGUACAUCGAACAGAUGCUAUACUCAGUCUCCGAACGUCCAGACGAUGGCGAAGAUGAUAGAGACGAUGAUGACGAUGACGACGACGAUGAAGACGAUGGAGACGACGGAGACGACGGAGACGAUCCAGAUUAUGAAAACAAUGCGAAUUUUAAAAUCCCCCAGAUUGACACGGAGUCAUCCAGUCGCCAUGUCAGCGUCGCUAGUCGAGCCAAAGACAGACAUGCCGCACGACCUCUUGUGGCCAAAAAGAUUGCAGAGGCCAUUGAACGGACCAUCAUGAGCUUUACGUGUUCAGACCUUGAGCGCCAUCCCACUGCUACACCACAGCAAGCGCGGCCAUAUAAGGUUGCAACCAGCCCGGAUGACCUAUUAAAAGCUGUUAUUGGGUCUUUUCCAGCAACAGCUACGGUGAAACUCUCUGCGGACCCGAAAAACAUUGAUAAUAUGAUAAUGCAUCAUGAUGGCUAUAACUACCCAUACCGAGGGCGAGGCCCUGUGUGGAGUAAUAAUUCAGCUGCCGUUGAUUGUAUUAUUGUCAUUGCCAGGUUCCUUGAUGCCGGGUCAACCAAUAUCGAUCGUUCAAAGAAAGGAUGGCGCGACCUCUUCACCGCGCCGGAAAGGGCAUUGAUAGAAGCUGCUGACGCUAACUGGGAUCUCUGCACCCCCAGUGAGAGUGCACAGUUGAGGGAUCGUUUCUGGCAGGUGGUGGCUGAAGUAGACCCUGCUGUUCGGGUUGGACUAGAAGCUCCUCUGUGGAACAUCUGGAACCUAUCGACACAUAAUUUCUCUCAAUUCCGGUUCACCUACAGCGAGACUGUGCGCCAAUGCAGAUGUAAAGCAGACUCGGGCGAGCAAUCUGGUCAACAGGAGAAAAUGAAAAGUUCCUUCGUGAUUCCAUUCGUGCUUCCCGAGGACAAGAAAGGCGUGACAAUGCAGGAACUACUUGCUCGAACCUUUGCGCCUGAAUUGACCUACGAUUGCAGCGAAUGCCGUUCUAGAAAUUCCAUCACCCGUAUUCGAGUGCUAAAGGAACCUCCUGCGCGCUUAGUGACAACGCUUGAUGGAAGUGCAACUGUUAGAAAUCAUAGCAAGGACAUCACCUUUGAAUAUAUCAAUUAUCAAGGUCAGCGCUUAUUGGUAACUUAUCGUUGGCUGGGAGGGAUAUAUUACCGGAACAACCAUCUUCGGGUCUACUGGAAUGACAAUAAACGAGGCGAAAUGGACGCUGGGGAGAUCCGUCUGUAUGACAGUGUGAUGAACCUAGGCCUCGUCGUUGGAGGCCUUCCGCAAGGCCACCGGGAUGAAAAAGUACCAGCGCACUGGUGGGUCGGCUCCGCGAUUCCUCUGCUGGUCUACGAGCGUGUUGAUAACGUGGGUCUCGAAGUUCUCACUACUGCUAUGAAUACGGUGAAGUCAAUGGCCAAGGUCGUUGGGACCAAAAAGCUUCUUGCCGAAGAGCUUGAUUCCUGGGUGCGAACCGAUUGCCCUGCAAAUGCUCCAGAUUGGCCUGAUCAGCGGCUCCUGUCCAACGCCGGAGAUCGUUUCCACGAGUCGCCGGUCCCAUAUAUGCCAGUUCCUUUUGCCCCGCCUCCCGCAGAUCCGAGGCCCCAAGGUGAAGUAGAAGAUGUUGCCAUGGCAGACGAACCUACGUUCUUGAUGCCUCCAGCGACACCGGCCAUGUCGAUGCUGAAUAGGCCUUAUAUUGUACGAACACCUUCCCCGCUCGAUAAUGCUUUUCUGCAGAGCCUGUCUCCUCCUAGCUUAGCCCAAUUCCUUGGCCACCCUCCUACCGAUGCAAGCCUCCCUGCGGGACCUUCCAGCGGGCCCAACAUGAAUAACAACAUGAGCAUGGACACCAGUACUCAAAUCGACGACAACUCCUGGAUGAAUUUCCUGGACGUAGCUGCAAUUAACCGCUCUCCACAAGGAACUUUGCUCUGGUUUCCGUCUCCUUCACAGCAACAGGGAACAGCGCUGCCCGACCAGCAGCAACAACAACAGCAGCAGGAAGGAGAGAAGACUACAGUGGAGACAGUUCGUUCAGCGCCAUUGCGGGCACGUGGACCGAUCAUUCGUGUUAUUCACGUAGAGGAGGAUGACACCGAUGACGGAAAGAAAUCUAGCAGGCCUAGGAAGAAACAACAGGUCUCUAAAGCCUUGGCAACCAUGAAACGCAAGCGAAUGUGA